AUGCCACGGUACACAUCAAAACUACCUGCGUCGGAGGCUUUUCUUGGAGGUCAAGGCGAAGCUGAGCAGGAAUGGAUGCCGCAGGAGGUCGACUGGCCCCAGACUGAAUGUUCCGACUCCACGACCGUUGACUUUGCACCCCAAGGGCCCCCGAAAUUCCAGGACCGCAUCAGAAACAAGAUCCCAGAACCUUUGAAACUGAAGCGGCCGAAUAGACCAGAGGCUCUAGCUAGGAUCCAUGACACCUGCGCUGGCGUCGUUAAGGCAGCAAUCAGCGCAAGAAUAGGCAAAACCGAUAACGAGCGAUUCAGAGAACAGUUUGGCUAUACUAUAAUCGCCUCUCAGCUUCUCAGCGAGCCCAGCGCACCCUCAUAUACGUCCGUGUCGAACCUGUUAAGCCACCCUCCCCAGAGCGAUGAAGACAGGGCAACCUCGCGAGCGGCAGUCUUUGGUGUCCGAGUGGCUGCAUUCUACAUCUUUGCGAAACGCCAAUGGUUGAGAUAUCUGCGCUGCCAGGCGAUAGAAACUGCCACUGCUUGCGUUGGCAAUGCUCAGACCCUAGAUUCUGCGGCUUCGGCAUCCGUCGUGCUCAUACAGGAGGAGCUCACCACUUCCACCAACGGAGGGGAGGCAGACAUCGCAAGAUGGAGUGCGGCAAGCGAGGAAAUGCACAGCCUGGCUGAUGCCAGUGCCGAAUGGAUCGAGAAACUCAGGGAUAUACUCAAUGAGCAAGACCGUGACAUCAUUGCACCGUCUCCCAUGGCGAACCUUAACCCGAAUCCCAACAAGGACCGAUAUCGGGCACAGCUUCGACGACUAAACUCGUUAUCUCAAGGAAUACGCGGACUUCAUGCAAGGAUGCAGCUUAUUCGCGAAGAGUCAGAUGCCUGUUUAGACAGGCCUGGCGAAGACGUGGACCUAAGCUCAACUCUCCUUGCUCAAUACGAAGCUAUCGGCGCAGAAUUACGCGGAAUACUCCAAGAAUGGGAGGCAGGUAAGUCUUCUAUGCGAGCGAAUAUGGAAACCUCCGAUCGUUAUUCUUCCUCUUCCCGACGCACAUCAAGCAUGAUCAAAUCGCCAUCAUCGCCAACCUUUAGCAUCGGGGGCAGCACAGCGGUAGACGGAGGUCCCGCUGAUGCCCUGCGUGCCUUGAACGGAGAGAUGGAGAAAUCCACCAACCCAGACAGCAAUAUGGAUGAUGAAGAAGUGUUCGAAGCCAUUGCCAUGCCCAGAACCCGAAGCUCAAUGACUCGUGUGGAAAGGAUCGCGCGCAUGAAGGAAGAUCGGGCUCGCCAGGCCGCCAUGGACAACUCUCACGUUGCGCUCGUCUCCAUGAUGCUGAAAGCAGAAGGCUUCUCGCCUUUCCGAUGUGACCGAAACGUCGCUCUGGGAAUCAACUUGGUUUCCCUUACGAAGGUUCUACGAGCCGCCCAGGACGGAGACGUCCUCACGCUCAAGGCCGAUGAUACGCCUGAUGUCGUCAACCUUUUGUUCGAGAGUGUGGAGAAGGACCGUGUGAGCGAAUAUGAUAUCAAACUCAUGGACAUUGACCAGGAACACCUGGCUAUCCCAGAGACAGACUAUUCGGCUACGGUUGAGAUGCCGUCGGCUGAAUUUAGGCGGAUUUGCGGAGACUUGAACCAGCUGUCUGAGUCAGUGUUAAUCGAGGCAAGCAAAGAUGGCGUUCGAUUUUCUUGCCAGGGAGAAAUUGGCAACGGUGCCGUAACAAUUCGACAGAACACCAAUGUCGACAAGCCCGAGCAGAACGUCUCCAUCACCCUUACUGAGUCUGUUGCACUUACAUUCUCUAUUAAAUACCUCCUAAACUUCUGCAAGGCCACCAGUCUUUCAUCGAAAGUGCGACUGUCUCUCUCUGCCGAGGUCCCGUUGCUCGUUGAGUAUACCCUUGAUGGAUCUGGAUAUGUACGGUUUUAUCUUGCUCCAAAGAUUGGCGAAGACGAAUAA